AUGUUACACCUGAUCUUCUGGUCCGCGCUUUGCCUUACAUCGCCUAUGGUGGCAGGUAGAUGCAAAAACAUCCCUGUUGAUGUGACAUGGCCCUUUGACACGGACUGGCCGUCUUUGAAUGCGUCUAUUGGCGGUCAUUUACUUCGCACAGUUCCUGCUGCUGCUUCCUGCUGGCCUAACGGCCACUUCGAGCCCUCCAUCUCAUGCAAUACAGUUCAGUCACAUUCUUGUCUACCGCCAAACGUGACGGGUUAUGUACACGAUCUGGGCUGUACAACGAGAGGACUGCCAACAUAUAUUGUCAACGCCACGACGGAAACUCAGAUUGCGACGGCAUCGAAGUGGGCUGCCGACCGCAGCAUUCGCAUAGUCAUCAAAUGCACUGGGCAUGAUUUGAACGGGCGGUCAAGCGGUGCCUUUGCUUUGUCGAUCUGGACUCAUAAUUUUCGCCAGUUACGGCGCGAUAUCUCAUGGAAACACCCAACCAAGAAUAUCACGGAGGAUGUAUACAUCGUUGGCAGCGGCCAGCACGUCGGACUUGGUGGCUACAUUCAAGGGAGUGGACACGGUCCAUUGUCACGGACCUACGGUCUCGCUGCUAGUCACGUACUGCAGAUGAGCGUCGUCACCACCCAGGGAGAGAUACUCAUAGCCAACGAUGCACAACACCAGGACCUGUUUUGGGCUCUGCGCGGUGGCGGGCCGGGUCUGUAUAGUCUGGUCACAGAAUAUGUGCUGCGACAUCAUCCGGCUCCGAGCAACGUGACUAUGACAGACCUUUUGAUCGCCCCAGAAGCCGACCGCAACAAUAUCAGCGCGGAGGCAUCUUGGAAAGCAGCCGUGUCGUACCUCCAGGCGCUUCCGGUCCUGAUGGACGCCGGUCUAGCAGGGGCAUGUAUGAUGUCAACUGCCGAGACAGCGGUGCGAUUCGGCUUUCUUUUUGAAGCUACGACCGCCUUCGUCCGUCCGGUCCUCGCCCACAAUGGACAUGAAUCGACUCCAAAUAGCGGUAGCAGUGCAGUGACUAUCACUUUCAGCACUUCCAACGUUGCGAACUACACCUCCUGUAUUUCCGCCAUCUCUGGUAGCAACGCAGCCGGCGGCCAGAGCGUCGUAUCGAUUCGCCUCCUCGGCCGCCGCGAGCUCCUUGGCACGUCGCGCACAGACAUGACCAGCUAUCUCAAAACCGCGCUUCAAGCGCAGAACGCGACCGCACCAGAAGUGCAACAGACCCCUCCAGGGGACUGGGGUGCUCUGCUACCGGCGUGGCGCACGGCGUAUCUGCAUUUCAAUGCCAACGGAGCGACACUGUGGGCGCCAGAGUUGGGGGCGUACAUGAACGAGGCUAUUCCAUUCGAUUCCGAGUUCAAGCGUGACUUCUAUGGGGCGAACUAUGACCGGUUGGUGCAGGUCAAGGCCAAUUACGAUCCGAGUGAGAGCUUGUUAGUUCUGGCUGAUAGUGGUCGACUCUGCAGGGUGGAUUAAAUAGGUGUCUAUCUUCCGAGGAUCUUCCACAGUAUGGGCUGGGUUUCAUAUAGUUUGUCUGCGGAUUCAGAGCGAGUGACUGCUAUUCUAUCGGUAGGUGAG